UGGUGUCGAUACAGACACGCUCCAGGUUAACACAUCACAUGAUUGUUGAAAUCUUGAAGGGAUGUGCAUUUUUAGGUAACUCCGGACAGAAUAAACACAGAACAGAGACAGACAGAGACUGCUUCAACGUAACGGUUCCAGCUGGCUUCAGAUCAUCAUCGGUCACUUAUCAAACUGGUGUUCAUCAGAAAACAAAGCCUUUCUUUGGAUCACUGGUGUCGUUUUAAUUGCAACACCAUCACCUUCCAGGCUGAGGUGAUGUUCUUUCAUCAAAAUCGCCCUUGUUGAGCAGAAGACACAAUGUCAGAUAAUUCCACCAGUGGAUACCUGACUCCCAAAGAUCAGCACCUGGCCCGGUGUGUCUGGAUCCUCACAGGGGCCCUCUCCUUCACCAUCCUGGUGUUCACACUGCUGGGGGUCGUGUGUCUCAGAAAAUAUCGUUCUUUGGUCCGGACCAUUCGAGAGCUGCAGCGUAGCAAGUUGUUGCUGGAUGAUGUUCCUCGGCUGGAAGCUCCCCUUAUGCCUAUGAAACCAGGUCCAGCAGUGGGGGAGGAGGAGCAGGAGGAAGAGGAGCUUCCUCUCCAAAUUCCCCUGCAGCAGAGGAGCACAGUCAGGCCCUCCUCCAAGAGGCUGUUGAAAGGCCUGCAGCAGGUUCCCCAUGUUACCAAGUCAGAGCUGAACCUGCUGCAGCUGAUUAAAGCAGGGAAGGAGGGCGUCUUCUACCAGGCCAAGAUGACCAGAGGGACGUGUAAAGGCCACAACAUGUUCACCUGCAAGAUCACCAAGGAAGGUGUCCGUCCUAAGCGUGUGGACACAGAGGUUUCCAUCAUGAGGAAACUGGUGCACCACAAGAACAUCCUCCAGUUACUGGACUGGAACACCACGGAGGAGCCUUACAUUCUGAUCAUGGAGUAUGUGAGCUACGGCACUCUGAGGACCUUCCUGCAGACCAACAGAGUCAACCUGAGUGCAGACCCUGAGCUGCAGAGCCUCCUCACCAUUGCCUCCUACCACAUCGCUCUGGCCAUGCAGCACCUGCGCUCCAAAAUGAUUGUGCACUGUGACUUGGCUCUGAGGAAUAUCAUGGUCAAUAAGUUUCCCUGGGAGUUGAAAGUGGCGGAGUUUGGCCUCGCCCGAGACUUUACACGCAUGACGAGCCGCCGCAGCAGCCGCUGGAGAAACCCACAGCAGCGUGUUCCGCUGCGCUGGUACCCACCUGAGUACUUCAAGAACAACUAUUACAGCUUCAAGGGAGAUGUUUGGGCAUUUGGCAUCGUGCUGUGGGAGAUGCAGACAUUUGGUACGCUGCCAUACCCAAACCUUGAGACAUCCGAGGCAGUGGUGUACCACAUCUGUAUUGGUCAUAAGAACACAAACCCUGACGGUUGCAGACCAGAGAUACUUCAUAUUAUGCGAGACUGUUGGCUGGAGCCGUACCCUCUGAGACCCUCAUUCACAGACGUUGUCCGCAUGCUGGAGAACAUCAUGGAGAACGAUGCGGAUUAUGUGGAUGUUGAGAGUCCACAGCUUUUGGUGACAGAUGAGGCUGAAAAAAUAUCCGAGCAGCCAAUGUCACCUUUGAAGAUACAAAUCCCAACUAAAUGCCAAAGCAUCAAAUAACUGUUAAAUGUAUUUUUAGGCUACAUUUGUCUGCUUGGGUCAGCCUUUCAAGUGCUGUCUGAAAUAUAGCAACUGUAAUAUGAUCACACAUAAACGACUCAACAGACAGCAGGGUAAAAAGUAUGUACUUAUAUGUUCUUGUUUAUCACUGUAAAAUAUUUUUCAUGUUCUGUAUUUUAACUUUGGUUAUCUUUAUUUUUUAUGUCCAUCCUAUUGAUAACUCAAUUUAAAAAAAACUGUGUGAUGUGCCUAAUCUGCUCACUGCGCACAGCAGCACAGAAGCUAAAUGUUUUCUUU